GCGUCAGUUGAUCCCAAUAUGCAGAAGGCGAAGGAGUACCUGGAUCUCACCGACCACGACUCGGAGGUCGUGUCACAACUCGACAUUGCUGCUCACCGAGUCGGGGACGAGUCGUGCUUCUACGAGGCUUUCGCUCUUAGAGGCAUCCGGGUCGACCGAGUCGAACCCGGACUCGUCGUCUGUACUUUCAAGGUCCCUCCUCGCCUCACCGACAGAGCUGGAAAUUUUGCCAGUGGUGCAAUUGCAAACCUUGUUGAUGUUGUUGGUAAUUCUACAGUCUAUUAUCUUGGUCGCCCGAUGAACGUUUCAGUAGACAUGACCAUCUCGUAUGUGUCAAAGGCAAAGAUUGAUGAUGAGCUAGAGAUCACCUCAAAGAGGUUGGGAGAAAGAGGACGUUAUUUAGGAACAAUGGUGCUCCUGAGAAAUAAAGCAACUGGGGAGAUCAUUGCUGAAGGUCGACACUCAUUGUUUCGUUCAAAUGUUGUUCCCAAACUCUAAAAUCCUUCCCAUUCUCACACACAGAUGACACGCGCCUAUAAAUGAACUCUAAGCCUCUUGAAGGAAUGGAUCCCAUUUCUAUCAACUCUUGAAAUCAAUUAUUGGAUAGUAUAAAGAUGUAGAUUCUACAAACAAAAUGAGAAAUUGAACAAAUGAUUAUGGAGCUAAAUUUUGGAUUUUACAUACUAUCAUUAAUAAUUUGAUUAUAUGAAGCUGCAAAAUGCUUGGUUUCUACCGUAAUCAUAGGAUUCGUAGCAGCUCA